AUGGAAUUUAAACCACGAGUCGUCAAGCCCAAACUUGAUACCCUGCAAUGGCCGUCCAAACGGCCUUUUUGGUGGCUGGUAUAUGAACCAAAAAGUACCCGCACUCCCAUUGGCAUGUCACGAGUCCCAGGAGCACUCAAAAAUGCCCCAAGAAAUCCUUCCGAUACAAGUCAGACCGAUCAGCAGCGUAUCCAGCCCAUCGCUUGGACUCCACCGGUGAUCAACUUUGACCAUUCUGUUGACAGUGUCUACUUUCCGUAUAAGCCAUUCAAGUGCUUCACAUUCGAUGAGUUACUAAAACGGGAACAAAGGGCCCCCUUCCAACAUAUGGCUGUGGAAUCAGAGGUACUAACGUGGAUCCAGAUAGUUGGUCACUGUUUCAAUGGGCCCACCCGGUCACUAUCUGGGUGCGUUACCCGAAUUCGAAGACAUUCUAUCAUGUUGCUCUCCACUAGAGCGAUGGAAAUCCCCGAUAUUUCAGAGAUACUGUGGAACCAGAGGAACACGUGCUCUACAGAACCUCAACCAUAUCAGCGAUCGAAACCCAGGCUGGAAGAUUCUAUCGUACCAGCACACAACUACAAGUUAAGUUGA